GGGAGAGGGAGAGGGCCAUGCAUGGGGCCGGCCAUCACCCAUGUCACACAAAGAAGUCAGGUUUAUUAAGCAAAGCAGGAGUAAAAGCAAGGGGGAUGGGAUGGGAUGACCACCGCCGCCUCCUCCUCUAUAUAGGGGGCACUUUCCUACCCACCUCCAUCUCCCCUGCCCGCCUCCUCCAUGGCGAACCUCCCCACCCACGCCACCAACGCGGACGCCUCCGGCUUCAAGCUCUUCGGCCAGGUCAUCCAGCCCGACGCCCACCGCUCCGCCCCCGCCUCCACCUCCGUCUCCACGGGACAGAGCGCCGCGGCCCCGCCGCCUCAGCCUCCUCCUCCUCCCCCGUCGACGACGCAGCCGGCCGCGGUCGGGGGCGAGCCGUUGCCAUGCCCGCGGUGCGGGAGCAGGGAGACCAAGUUCUGCUACUUCAACAACUACAACGUGCGGCAGCCGCGCCACCUCUGCCGCGCCUGCCGCCGCUACUGGACGGCCGGCGGCGCGCUCCGCCGCGUCGCCACCGCGUCCCCGGGCCGCCGCAGGCCUCGGCCCAGCGCCCGAUCGGCCGCCGCCGCGGCCUCGGCCACCGCCUCCGCCUCCGAGGAAGGGGCAGCAGCGGAGAGCGUUGACUCGCGGUCGUAGGAGCCUUUCCGGGAACUCGCGUCCGCGCGUGCGUGGUGGAGCAAGAGCAAUGCUUCCGGGCCGACGCGUCGGAGGCACCGCGACCAUCACCUGUCCACCUUUUGGCUCUUUGUUUUUUGGGGGGAUUUAUUAUUAUUGUUAUUAUUAUUAUUGAUCGAUGUAGGUUCCAUUUCGAUACCAUUUUAGGAUUCUUUUCGGUGGCCGGAAGGAUACGGCCACGGCCAGCAAUAUGAAUGGAAGAGAGGAAAAGAAAAAAAUACUCCUGCUUGGUUGAAAUGAAUGUACUUUCUUUCUUGUGAGCCGUGGCAAUGAUGAUGAUGAUGAUCUUUUUAUCUUC